AACAAAGCAACAAUAGAAUCUUGCAACUGUCAACGUAAUCGUCGAUUAAGUUGUCACUGGAACUUGGAACUUGUUGCAUUUUUUUGAGAAUUUUAUAUUGAAGAAUAGAUUAAUAGACAUCUCACACAUCGAAAUGGCGACGGAUUAUAUCUGGAAUGCCGAAAAUACGGCACCAAUGUGUUCUACGGACGAGAACACACCUCUUUUGUCACCCAGCGACCAAGCCAUGGGAAAAAUAGAGAAAAUUGGCAUAUCGCAACAAACCUUAGUCUCCAAUAGUAGCCAGAUUGGUCAAGCUAAGAGAUUACCACAGUACCUGGCAGGUAUAGCAGUAACACUCGGUGCUGUUGCCGCUGGUAUGGUACUCGGUUGGUCAUCAUCUGCGGGGGAAAAUGGUAUAGACUUACAGGAGAAGUAUGGGAUACCAAUAGACGCAGAUGAAUUCUCCUUGAUUAGUUCACUUGCUACUGUCGGAGCAGGUGCAAUAUGUAUUCCGAUCGGUAUAUUAGCGGACCUGAUUGGACGGAAGACUGCUCUGCUUCUCAUGGUGAUUCCUUUCUCUGUCGGUUGGCUGCUCAUCAUCUUCUCUAAAUCGGUACUUUUCUUCUAUUUCGGUAGAUUCAUCACAGGUCUUAGCGCCGGAGCUUUUUGCGUGGGUGCUCCUCUAUAUACAUCAGAGAUAGCUGAGAGUGAGAUUCGCGGCACGCUCGGCUCCUACUUUCAGCUAAUGCUCACUGUUGGUAUCUUGAUCACAUACGUUUUGGGAGCUAUUCUCAAAAACAUGAGAAAUCUAUCUAUUAUUUCGGCGAUCGUGCCACUGAUUUUCUUUGCGAUAUUCUUCUUCAUGCCGGAGACACCCGUAUACUACUUGAAAAAACACAAUGAUGACGCCGCUAGGAAAAGCUUGGUCAGACUUCGUGGUCAUCAAUAUGAUGUCGAUACCGAAUUGCAGCAGCAUCGGGCAGAUCUCGAAGAGGCAAGCCGUAACAACACAUCUUUCCUCGUCGCGAUCAAAUCUCGGGCCGCCAAAAAAGGAUUUGUAAUUGCCUACGGAUUAAUGUUGUUUCAACAGAUGAGCGGCGUGAAUGCCAUCAUCUUCUAUUCGGCGAAAAUCUUCAAAGACGCCGGCAGCACACUGCCACCCGAUCAAGCCACCAUUAUCACAGGAGCAGUUCAGGUGGUAUCCGUCUUUGCGAGCUCUCUUAUAGUCGACAAACUGGGUAGACGGAUACUACUGCUGUCAUCGAUUGUCGUUAUGUUCCUUACGACUUUGAUUCUCGGUGUUUACUUCUAUUGCAUAGAUUUCAACACCGCCUUUGACAAUGCCAAGUGGUUCGCAAUAAUCCCACUAUGCAUCUUUCUCGUGUUCUUUUCAUUGGGCUUCGGACCGAUUCCGUGGAUGAUGAUGCCAGAAAUUUUUGCGCCGGAGAUAAAAGGAAUCGCUGGCAGUAGCGCUUGCGUCUUCAACUGGCUCAUGGCCUUUAUAGUAACUUACUUUUACGAAAGCUUAGUUAGAGCCGUUCACUCCUAUGGUACUUUUUGGAUAUUCUCCGGAUUCUGUGUGGUUGGUAUAAUAUUUGUCUACUUCCUGGUGCCAGAAACCAAGGGCAAAACACUAGAAGAAAUUCAAAGAGAGCUGAAUAAUUAAAGAAUUUGAAAAUCAGAGAGAAUGAAGAGAAAAAAGUAUAAUUUGUAUAUAUAUUUUAACACAAAUCGAACAUGCUUUUUGAUUUGUCUGUAAUUAGACAUAUGUCUCACUGGUGUUCACGCUAUUAUUAAUUAUAUUAGCAAGCUGUUAGAACACUUCUUCUUCAAAAAUAUUUUAUAUUUGUAUGUUAUUGAACUUUCAACUAGAAGUUCAAAGUGCAAUAAUAGAAACAAAGUGUUUUUAUAUUUUAUAAAUCGUUAUAUAUACAUCGAGGAACAAUUUUUCAGAAGCAAUAAAGAUCUAUUUGAACAGA